AUGUACGAAGGGAUUGACAACCUGAAAUCCCUUUACGACCGUGCCGGGAAGACUUUCUCCGGCGGUCCUUCUGCGGCACAGGAUGUGUCGCGUCGUACUGCUCAACCAGACCCAGUACGUCAAUCAUCAGCUGGGAGCGGGGCUCCCAAGUAUCCCAGGACGGGGGAUAGCCGCGCCACCGGACGAGAUAACUCGUCCGACGUCCGUUCACGUCGCGGUGCUUCAACAGCUGCUCAACUAGAUAGCGCUGGCCACCACGAGAGUCCUCUAAUGGAGGUGGAGGAGGAGGAAAGACGCUCUCCACACGAUCAUGGGGAUCCGUGUGUUCCCGAGAGCUUCUUUGAUCGCGUAACGCAAGGGUUACGCGACGAUCUCGAACAUGAGCGGGACAGGCGUCUCCAAAUGGCGGACACUGUCUCGAAGCAUCGAGCUGAGUUUUCCUUUGCUCAGCUUGAGAACGAGAGAUCUCUGACAUCUCUUCGUGACGAGCUAAGGGUAGCUCGUGGGAUUGUUGAUCGGUCUCGGGAUCAGAUAGCUGCUCUUCAGACCCUUGUUGAUGCCCACCAUCGGGAGCACAAGGCUCUCUGA